GUGCGCAUAAACAAAAGCGUCCGUCCACCAGCGCAUACGCACGCACAUAUACAACAAACGCGCACGUAGCAGGGGGGCGGAUCAUUGAAAGCUGCACCCAUCCGUCCCCAUUUGCUCGCCACCGUUUCCACCAUCCCCCCAUCCAUCACUCGACCCGGUCCUGUACUACUACUACUCGCCUCCACCCCUCUUCCUUCCUGACAGUACACUUCGUUGUGGCAGCCGGUGAUCAUCAUCAAAGCCCACAGAUAUAUACGCUUUCGGAAAGCCGGGGUUGGUUUCGCUUUGAGCUUUUUAUCCGGAGCAGCCAGCCGCCGGGCCGGGACUUCUGUUAGCCCAACCCAGAUAGCUCCGUCCGUGUCCGAUUCCGCCGGGGCCGGGCGUGGAUACCUAGGCUAGGCGCCGCCGAUGUCGGACUGCAGCACGGGCACGGACUCGCCGCGGGCCGACUCCGUCGACGAGCAGCCGCCCGCCGACGCCGAGUCGCCCGGCGGAGGCCAGAGCAAGCGCGACCACCCCUCGCCGUCGUCGCCGCUGCCGCCGCCCAAGCGCAGCCGGAGAUCUGUGGAGAAGAGGGUGGUGUCGGUGCCGAUUUCCGAGUGCGGCGAGCGGGCCAAGACCAACGGCGAGGGCCCGCCGCCGCCGGACUCGUGGGCGUGGCGCAAGUACGGCCAGAAGCCCAUCAAGGGAUCCCCCUACCCACGGGGGUACUACCGCUGCAGCAGCUCCAAGGGGUGCCCGGCGAGGAAGCAGGUGGAGCGCAGCCGCGCCGACCCCACCGUGCUGCUCGUCACCUACUCCUACGAUCACAACCACCCGUGGCCGGCGCCCAAGAGCGGCUGCCAACCCAACAAGUCCUCUCCGCGGCUGGUGGACCCCAAGCCCGAGCCUGGCACGCCGGUGGAGUGCCAGCCCGAGCACGGACCUGAAGCGCCGGAGCACGGGCCUGAAGCGCCGGAGCAAGAUCAGGAAGAGGAGCAUGAGCAGAAGCCUGUCAUCGGUCUGGCCGACCCCGCGGCGAUCACGACGGUGACCGCGGCGGCCGAAGAGGAGGAGGAGAGCUUCGACUUCGGGUGGUUCGACCAGUACCCGACGUGGCACCGGACGGCGCUAUACGUGCCGGCGUUCGACGUGGCGCCGCCGCCGGAGGACUGGGAGCGCGAGCUGCAGGGGGAGGACGCGCUGUUCGCUGGGCUCGGCGAGCUCCCGGAGUGCGCCAUCGUGUUCGGCCGCCGGCGCGAGCUGGCCCUGGCGGCCACCGCGCCCUGCUCCUGACCACCGCGCCUCCCGUUCCGAUCCCGUUUUCCCCCUUUCUUUUUUUUCCUCCGGCUGUAGUUUUACCCGGAGUAAUUUGGAGGUGUAGUACAUAGCGUGGAUCAGAUCAAAGGGAUUUCGCUGUUCAAGAGUGGCUUUCCGCUUAUUU